AAAUUCAUGAGCGGCCCGUUGAGAGAAGUAUGGAAAAUAGAUGUUGGCUGGCUGCGCCAACUUCUAUAAAUUGAAUGGACCGGUUUACAUUUCAGGAGAUAAUUUCGAAACUUAAACUUGGUUUUGUUUUUUCGCUGUUUGCUUGAGAGAGGGAGAGAGAGAGAGUUUUCAGGUUCUGAUUCUCUCCAUGGAGCCGGAAUCUGGAAUUUCAACUCCUUCUCGCAGCUCUUCUCAGCGCUCUUGGGUGAAUCUCUCCAGGAACCUAAUAUUAGCAUACCAAAGUCUUGGUGUAGUAUAUGGAGAUCUGAGCACUUCACCUCUCUAUGUUUAUUCCAGUACAUUCAUAGGAAAGCUGGAGAACAAUAGGACUGAGGAAGCAAUAUUUGGUGCAUUUUCCUUAAUUUUUUGGACCCUUACCUUAAUACCCUUACUCAAAUACGUGUUCAUUGUACUGACUGCAGAUGAUAAUGGUGAAGGUGGCACAUUUGCUCUCUACUCAUUGCUUUGUAGGCAUGCAAAGUUUAGCUUACUUCCCAAUCAACAAGCAGCCGAUGAGGAGCUUUCGACAUACAAAUAUGGCCACCCAAUGCAGUCUGCUACCUCUUCUGCUCUUAAGAGAUUUUUGGAGAAACAUAAAAAGCUACGAACAGCUCUACUGGUUGUGGUACUUUUUGGUGCUUGUAUGGUCAUAGGUGAUGGUGUGCUCACUCCAGCAAUAUCAGUUCUAUCAGCGGUGUCAGGGCUACAGGUUACAGAAGCUAAAUUAACUGAUGGUGAAUUGCUCUUGCUUGCCUGUGUAAUAUUGGUGGGCCUGUUUGCUUUGCAGCAUUUUGGCACUCGAAAAGUAGCUUUUAUGUUUGCGCCAAUUGUAAUGAUCUGGUUGGUUUCGAUUCUAUCUGUUGGUUUGUACAACAUCAUACAUUGGAAUCCAAAAAUUGUUCGCGCAAUUUCUCCAUAUUAUAUUAUCAUGUACUUUAAAGUGUGUGGCAGAGAUGGCUGGAUUUCUCUUGGAGGGAUCCUUCUUUGCAUAACCGGUACUGAAGCUAUGUUUGCAGACAUUGGUCACUUCACUGCCUUGUCAAUUAGACUUGCAUUUGCUUUUGUCAUAUACCCUUGUUUGGUAAUACAAUACAUGGGUCAGGCUGCUUUCUUGUCCAAAAACCUCGACAAGAUUCCGAACUGUUUUUAUGACUCUAUACCUGGUCCUGUAUUUUGGCCCGUCUUUGUCAUUGCCACCCUUGCAGCUAUUGUUGGGAGUCAGGCUAUUAUCACAGCUACUUUCUCUAUCAUCAAACAAUGUAAUGCCCUUGGUUGCUUUCCACGUGUGAAGGUUGUCCACACCUCAAAGAAUAUAUAUGGGCAGAUAUAUAUUCCAGAAAUAAACUGGAUCCUAAUGAUCCUUACUCUUGCUAUCACUAUUGGGUUUCAGGACACAACUUUAAUAGGAAAUGCUUAUGGACUUGCUUGCAUGACGGUGAUUCUCAUCACAACAUUUCUCAUGGCACUAGUCAUAAUAUUCGUUUGGGAGAAAAGCAUCUUCCUGGCAGCAAUUUUCCUUCUAUUCUUCUUGUUCAUUGAAGGUACUUACUUAUCAGCGGCAUUAACUAAAGUACCUCAGGGAGGGUGGGUUCCUCUUGUGCUCUCAUUCAUCUUUAUGGCUGUUAUGUACAUCUGGCAUUAUGGGACUCGCAAAAAGUACAACUUUGACCUGCAUAACAAAGUUUCAUUAAAAUGGUUAAUUGGUUUAGGCCCCAGCCUUGGUAUUGUUCGUGUGCCUGGGAUCGGGCUUAUAUACUCAGAGCUGGCAACAGGAGUCCCUGCAAUCUUCUCUCACUUUGUUACGAACCUUCCUGCAUUUCACAAUGUGCUUGUCUUUGUCUGUGUUAAAUCAGUUCCGGUCCCAUAUGUUUCACCUGAAGAACGGUUUCUCAUUGGCCGUGUUUGCCCAAGGCCGUAUCGUAUGUAUAGGUGCAUUGUGAGGUAUGGUUACAAAGAUAUUCAACGUGAUGUUGGUGACUUUGAGAACCAGCUCAUACAAAGCAUAGCAGAGUUUAUCCAGAUGGAAGCAGUUGAACCACAGCCCUCUAGUCCUGAGUCUUCACUGGAUGGAAGGAUGGCUGUCAUAAGCACUAGAAAUGUUGAAUCAAGCUCGACAUUCAUAAUAUCUGAGCAAGGAGAUAUUGAUUUGAGCGACUCAAUCCAGAGCAGCAAAUCUGUAGCCCUGCAGAGUUUGCAAUCUGUUUUUGUUGAUGAGGAUCCACAAGUCAGGAGGCGCCAGGUGAGGUUUCAGUUACCACCAAAUCCUGCAAUGGAUCCUGCAGUUAAGGAUGAGCUGAUGGAUUUGAUCCAGGCAAAGGAAGCAGGGGUCGCAUACAUAAUGGGACACUCAUAUGUGAAGGCUAGGAAAUCAUCUUCAUUUUUGAAAAGGUUUGUGAUCGAUAUUGGGUAUUCGUUUCUUCGCAAGAAUUGCAGGGGGCCAGCUGUGGCACUAAAUAUUCCUCAUAUCAGUCUAAUUGAAGUCGGUAUGAUAUACUAUGUUUAGUUAAAAAAAGAAAAAAAAAAAAAAUUCAAUCAUCUAUGAACCGCAGUGUCCGUAAUUUUGUAUGUGUGGAUAAGGAGGCAUCUCGUGUCAUACUCAGUGGAGUAGGAGUACAUAUAUGUUAAAUAGAUAAUCUGGAUGCAGGAAAUUUGUGGAGAAACUUCCUCAAUCCUGUAUCUCUGUUUUCCUUUGUACAGAGGACAUUUAUUUUCGUUUAAUGACUUUUUUAGGUGUUUAUUUUCA